AUAGUAGCAGUGGAUCGCUGUUCAGAGGGAUACGACGGAGACAAGAACGAGUGCAGUGAAGCAGCGUGCAGUGGCGCCAUCUAGCGGUGUCCAGGCUGAGUCACAGGCGGUGCGGCAAGGGCGCAUCCGUCAGGAGAGGUCAACGAGGAAGGAGCUCCUACGUCACAAAGUGUUGUUUAUGUUCAGUUGAGUGAUGCAAAGUGAAAACCGUGAGUACUCUUAGAUUAUCAAAUUUAUGCAAAAUUGAACCUUAAUUCAGUGAAGAUUAAAACUUAGAGAAAAAAGAAGAGUGUCAAGCUAAUUUCAACUUUAACAUCUAGUGAAUUUGGGACUUUAACUAUUUCUUGAUAAUUUAGUUUGGACUUAGAAAAUUUACUAACUUUAAUUUAAGGACUUAGAAUAGUUACAGUAAAAACGGAGGUACGGGGAAUCCAUGCCCGAUUUUAUACAGAGUCCUAAACACUUGUAAUAUUUUGAUAGGUUGAAUUGAACUUUGCUUUGUUUGUAUGGGUUUAAACACUUGUAAAAUUUUGCGGAUUUGAAAUUGUACUUAGAACGUCUGUUAUUAGGUAUAUUGGUGGUGUAUUGUUUACAAGUUCUGAGAAUUGCUAUAUUUAAAAAUUGAAAGUUAAGUUAAACUUGCUGUUUACUAUGGAGUCAUUAAUCUCUUAUCAGGAGGAAAUCUCAGACCGUAUUUCUAAGGCAAAGACAAAACGUUGUUAAAAUCUCAAGACUACAUUAAGAAGGAUGUUUAUGAUACAACCGAAGAAAUUUAUAUGGAAUAUAGGUGUGAGUUAAAACUUGUUUUGGCUAAACUUCAGCCAGAAACCAUAAGUAAAUCAAGUGAACUUAGUGUUGUGAAUAAUGACCAAAGUCAUAUUCGUCUACCAAAGAUUAGUAUACCAAACUUCUCAGGCAAGUACACCGAGUGGAUAACAUUUAGAGAUCUCUUUGUAUCCUUAAUCCACAACAAUAGAGCACUAGAUAACGUUCAAAAGUUGCAUUAUCUCAAGGGGUACUUGACCGGGGAGGCAGAACAAAUAAUUAGGUUUACACCGACAACAGAGGCAAAUUACACGACGUGCUGGAAGCUAUUGGAAGAGCGAUAUAGUAAUAAAAAGUACCUUUCAUAUAACAUUUUGAAACGUUUGUUAAACCAACGUACCGCUAGUACGGAAUCGGCUAGCCACUUAAAAGAACUGUUGGAUACGUCUUCCGAUUGCUUGAGCGCGUUGACCAAUUUAGGGAUUGAUGUAUCUACUUGGGAUAUUAUUGUUAUAUAUUUAUUAUCGUCAAAAUUGGACCCAGAAUCUCGUAAGCAGUGGGAAUUAAGUGUCACGUCGAAUGUAAACCCUAAUGAUUUGCCCACAUUCACACAAUUCAAAGAUUUUUUGGCUAGUAGGUAUAGAGCUUUAGAGUUUCUUGAGCCUGGAUAUAAAGGGAAAAACAUGUAUGUCAAGCCAUCAACUUCGAAUACGAUCAGCUCGAAAACGUUUUAUACUAACGAUUCUGUAAAUUUAGUGUGUGAAUUCUGUAGUAAGAAUCAUAAAUUAUGUUUCUGUAAGAAAUUUGCUGCGGAAGAUUAUGAAAAAAGACACGAAUUCGUAGCAAACAAUCGUAUAUGCUAUAAUUGUUUAGGGGCCAAUCAUUCUGUACGGUUCUGCCAAAAUACCAUGAAUUGUCGCAUUUGUAAUAAACGGCAUCAUUCACUCCUUCAUCCGAAGGGGGUUUCAACUUCAACUGCUCAUGUAAGGAACGUAGAUCAAGCAGUUGCAGCAUCCUCUGAGGAAAUCGUUGAGAUAGAGGCUGAGUCUGGUAGUUCAUCUAAUGAUAUUACAUCGCAAUCACCACAAGUAACUCUUUUUGCUAAAGGAAAGGUAAAGAAGCAAGUUCUCUUAGCUACAGCUUUGGUGAAAGCCGAGUCUAAAACAGGUCAAUCUCAAAUUUAUAGAGCUUUCAUAGAUCAAGGGUCUGAAUCCUCAUUCAUCACAGAGGCUACAGUACAAGGAUUAGGCCUAAAAAAGAUUCCCAUCAAGUCCACAAUAACAAUGUUAGAGGAAGCGACGGUAACGACAGGUUACAUGGUAUUAUUGAAACUAAAAUCAUUGAUAAAUCCGGAUUUCAAUGUGCAGUUGAUGGCACACGUGUUACCGAAAAUCACAACGAAUCUUCCUGCACGCAAGGUAGACGCGUCUGAAUGGCCACAUUUACAGAAUUUAGUUCUAGCUGACCCUGGCUACGGCACACCAAAUAAAAUUGAUAUUUUAUUGGGAGCAGUAGUAUAUGCUCAGAUACUGGAGGAGGGUGUAAAAAAGGGUCCUAUUGGAACUCCAAUAGCGCAAUGUACUAGUUUCGGAUGGAUAUUGUCUGGAGGUUCACCAGGUCACCACGAAAGAAAAACUGUAUUGCAUGCACAAGUGGACACGGACAACGAAAUAAUAAAACGGUUUUGGGAGAUGGAAGCAGAACCUUUAUUAAACUCAAAAGAGAUGUUGACGACCGAAGAACAGCGAUGUGAAGACAUCUUUUCAGCUACGACUACACGAGAUAGCCUGGGCAGAUACGUAGUUAAAUUGCCAUUUCGUGACGAGAAUCCGGCCUGUAAAGAAGGAAAUUCAAGAGAAAUUGCUAUUAAGAGGUUAAAGUCACUGGAAAGGAAAUUUGCUAAAGACAACAAUCUAAAAGAAAAGUAUACAGCGGUUGUGAAAGAAUACUUACAGUUGGACCACAUGGUGUUAGUUCCUGCGGCUAGAGAAAGCGAAAAUCAGUCUGUGUAUUUACCCCACCACGCUGUUAUUAGGGAGGAUAAGUCAACUAGCAAGGUCCGGGUAGUAUUCGACGCGUCCUGUAAAAAUGAGAAAGGUAUAUCCUUAAACGAUAGUUUAAUGGUUGGACCUACGCUACAGCCGGAAUUGCGUCAUCUCAUUAUGCAAUGGAGGAUACAUCCCGUAUGUCUGAUUGCAGACAUCGUGAAGAUGUAUCGCAUGGUAAGAGUGACUGAUCAGGACGCUGACUACCAACGUAUUGUAUGGAGAGAUAACCAAACCGAAGAAAUACAGGAUUAUAAAUUACUGACAGUAACGUUUGGAACAGCAUCGGCCCCAUAUCUCGCUGUGAAAGCACUUAAUCAGGUCGCCAUUGACCAUGCGAACGAACACCCAAUGGCAGCAAAGAGAGUUGCUGGUAGCUUUUAUAUGGAUGACCUAAUGACAGGAUGUGAAACUAUAGAAGAGGGUAUAGAACUUUAUAAAGAAAUGAAGGCUCUACUUAAGAAAGGAGGUUUUACUUUACAAAAAUGGGCAAGUAAUAAGGACGACGUACAGAAAACUAUAGAUUUAUAUGAGAAGGGAGAAAGAGUGCUGGAAAGGGAAGAAAGGAAUCUGGAAAUAAAACAAGAUAAUAUAGUUAAGAUUUUAGGACUUACCUGGAAUAAAAAGAAGGAUGAGUUUCAGUACUCAGUCACGCUGCCACCUGUAUCUGCUCCUGUAACCAAAAGGAAGAUUGUAUCAGACGUCGCACGACUUUUCGAUCCUUUGGGUUGGAUCGCCCCAUGUGUUAUAAAAGCAAAAAUAUUUAUUCAGCGGUUAUGGUUAGCUGGUACAGGGUGGGACGAAGAACCAACAAGAGAAAUAUUACAUGAUUGGUAUACUUACCGAGAGGAAUUGAGUCAAUUGUCCGGCUUUAUCAUUCCGAGAUGGCUUAACACGCAAGCAGGUGAUACCCGAGUGGAGUUGCAUGGGUUUUCAGAUGCUUCUAAGCAGGCGUUCGCUGCUGCAGUCUACCUUCGAGUUAUCAAUGGAUCAGGGGAUAUUAAAGUUCAGCUGGUUGCGGCCAAAACUCGAGUUGCUCCAGUAAAACAAGUCAGCAUACCGCGCUUAGAACUAUGCGGUGCCGUACUGCUAGCUAAACUGUUAACGGAGGUCGCACAGGUGUUAAAUGUUCCGAAGAGCAAUCUAAGAGCCUGGACGGAUUCAACCGUCGUUCUUGCAUGGCUAAAUAAGCACCCCAGCCACUGGAAGACAUUCGUUGCCAACAGAGUUUCCGAAAUUCUGUGUCUGCUUGAACCCUGUCAGUGGUCCCAUGUUUCGACAAAGGAAAAUCCAGCGGAUUGUGCAUCUCGUGGAGUUCGUCCAGCAGAGCUAAUCAGCAAUUCGUUAUGGCAAAAUGGUCCUCAGUUCUUACAACAACAGGUUAUUAUAUACAAUAAGCCAACUGACAACGAAACACACCUGGAGGAAACUAUUAAAUCUCAUCACGCUCAGCGUUUGGUAGAUGAAUGUAUACUCAGUAAGUAUUCGUCACUUCAAAAACUCAUAAGAGUAAUAGCUUAUUGCAGGAGAUUUCUGAGAUCAAGAAGUGAGAAAUCGGUGAAGUCGAGAGAGCGAAGUAAUCAUUUAAGUGCUUCCGAAUUAAACGAAGCUCUAAGCACUUGCAUUAAAAUAGCUCAAAAUAAUGAAUUUAAACUAGAAAUUUCUCAAAUAGAGAAACACAGUUGUAUUAAAACUAAGACUUCAAAAAUUUUGUCAUUCACGCCGUUCUUAGACGUUAAGGGAGUGCUUAGAGUGGGAGGCAGGUUAGCAAAAUUGGAUGAAGAGGAUGUCAAACAUCCAAUUCUGCUGCCACAUACGUCACCCUUGUCAAAAUUAUUAGUUGCCGAUGCACAUAAUAAAACUCUGCACGGGGGUGAGCGGUUGAUGCUUAAUUAUCUACGAGCUGCAUAUUGCAUCACGGGUGCAAAGAAUCUAGUGAAAGCCUAUGUGCAUAAAUGCAUCACAUGUGUAAGAAACAAAGCAAAUACACAAACACAACUUAUGGGCUCCUUACCACGAGUUAGAAUUACUCCAGCUAGACCCUUCUACCGGAGCGGCGUAGAUUAUGCUGGACCUAUUCAUUUAAGGACGUCCAAAGGCAGAGGUCACAAGGCUUAUAAGGCAUAUAUCUGUCUUUUUGUAUGCAUGGUAACAAAGGCCGUGCAUAUUGAUGUUGUUAGUGACUUAACUUCUAGAGGCUUCAUCGAGACGUUCAAACGCUUCGUUGCGCGUCGUGGCUAUUGUGCUGAACUCUAUAGUGAUAAUGGCACGAAUUUUGUGGGUGCCUCCAAAGAGUUAAGAGACUUAUUUCAGUCAGAACAAUCAGCCAUGGUUCAAGAAAUUUCGGAGGCUCUGGCCACGCAAGGAACAACGUGGCAUUUUAUUAUUAACGGGCUGAAUAUCGAACAAGCCGCGAGCUCAACUUUUCUGGGCUUCGAACUGGACAGAGGACUGACUUGGGCGGCCCAUAUUGAUAAAGUGUGUAAUAAGUUGUCAGCGGCCUGCUUCGCACUAAAACGUCUGGCUCGGUUAUUGCCUCGCGAUAUGCUGAGAGCGUGUUAUUUUGCAUCGGUGCACGCACACCUGCAGUACGGGGUCGAGCUGUGGGCGCGAGCCGCAGAUUGGGAGCGUGUAUUUCGGUUACAAAAGCGCGCCGUACGAGCUAUAGUCCGAAUCGCUCAAACCGAAUCGGCGAAAUCGCAUUUCAAAGCCCUAGGCAUCCUAACCUUGCCGUCGUUACUAAUCUUUCAAGCGGCAAUAUACGCGCGCUCGCAAGCAGACAGCACCCCGGCCUCAGCUCGCGCGGCCCCGCGCCGCUACCCCGCGCGCCGCGCCCUCUGCAGGCUCGCGCCCGUGCCGCAUAAGCUGGCCAAGUCGGACAAGCUCAUUCACAUACUAGGCCCAAAAGUAUACAAUCGACUCCCGGAUUCAAUAGUAGUUGCCAAAAGCGUAGCAGUAUUUAAAAACAAAUUAAAAAAUUGGUUAGUCGAGCAAGCGUUCUACGACCAUAAAGAGUUCUUUAAAAUUUAG